AUGGAAAAUCAAAGCGGUCCCAGCUUUCAAAAGUUUGACCCGACGGAUACCUCUACCGUGUCAAGUCGAUGGAAAAAGUGGAAGCGAGGCUUCAAUAUCUUUCUGGAAGUAAACAAUGUGGUAAACACAGCUCGAAAGCGCUCCUAUCUGUUGCAAUAUGCUGGUACUGAUGUACAAGAUAUAUUUUUCAAUUUGCGAGGAGAGGCUGAGGUGGAAAUUCCAGAGGGUUCGGAUAUUUACCAACAGUCGGUCAAACUACUCGACGAAUACUUUCUCCCACUCAAAUGCUUACCGAGAGAACGUCACAUAUUCCGGAAUCUUGAACAAGGCUCAGAGGAAACAAUCGAAAAAUUUGUCCUGCGACUACGGGAGCAAGGCAGUGUCUGUGAGUAUGGCGAUUGGCUUGAGGAGAACAUAAAGGAGCAAAUUUUUGAAAAAGGGUACUCGGAUGAACUACGAGCAAAGAUUCUAACCAAGGGAAAUAUGACAUUAGCACAAACGGUGGAGGAGGGUCGUUCUCUGGAAACGAUUGCGAAGCACCGUAAGAAUCUGCAGCGAACGGAAGAAAUCAACCGUAUUACGAAGUCUAACGGGGAAUGUUACAGAUGUGGUCAUACUGGGCACUACGCUAACGAUGAUGAUUGUCCAGCACGGGACAAAAAGUGUGAGAAAUGUCACUUAAUCGGACACUUCAAACGAUGUUGCAAAACAAAAGGCAUUGAAGCACGAAAAAAAUUGGACGGGAAAAUCCAGCUGCGUCAAAAGCAUAAACUAAGACAAGUAACUACAAAUGAUUCUGAUAGUGACGAAAGCGAGCGAAAUAAUUACGAAACAGAUGAUGAGAGUAUCCACUAUGUGUUCGCGAUGAAUCUAACUAACAGUGAGAAGGCAACGUGCAAAGUGGGUGGCGUGCAACUCGACUGGAUGAUCGACUCCGGUGCGAGCGCUAAUGUGAUAAGUGCUGAUGUCUGGGAGUUUUUAAAAAGUAGAAAAGUCCAAAUAGAUUUUCAGACAAAUACGGUUUCCAAGAAAUUAUUCACUUACGGCGGCCACAAACUUUCGAUCAAGGGAAUGUUCAUCGCAGAUAUAUCGACUAAGAAAUCUUCUAUAAGUGAUAUGGUGUACGUUGUGAAGGAGUCAGGAGCUAAUCUUCUUGGAAAACGAGCGGCUGUUGAGCUUGGAAUUCUGAAAAUAGACACGUCCGUUUGUGCUGUAGAAUCGAACGACGAGAGAAUCGGAAAAGUUAAAGGUGUUAUAGUCAACAUUCAACUGGAUCCUACUGUAAAACCCAUUCAACACACUCAGAGUCGUGUUCCGAUUCCAUUGCAACCGAAAGUGGAAAGGGAACUUGCGAAAUUGUUAAAACAGGAUAUUAUUGAGCCCGCUCCUCGAGAUUCCCCAUGGAUAUCACGAUUAGUUGUUCGACCAAAGGUGGGUAAUACCGAUGAGAUACGCAUUUGCGUUGAUAUGCGGGACGCCAACAAAGCAAUCAUUCCACAACACCAUCCUUUACCAACCUUCGACGACAUUAUUCCACAUUUGCACAACUGCAAAUAUUUUUCUAAGAUAGAUCUUAACAAGGCAUUUCAUCAAAUCGAGCUUUCAGAGCAAUCAAGACCGAUUACGACUUUUGCUACACACAAUGGUUACUUUCGAUAUAAACGCCUUACAUUUGGAAUGAGUUGUGCGUCAGAAGUUUUUCAAAACAUCAUAGAACGUGUACUAGCAGGAAUUAAAGAUGUAAAAGUGUUUAUCGACGAUAUGCUUGUGUUUGGACGCAAUAACGUUGAACACGAUCGUACACUGCGAGCCGUCAUUGACCGUCUGAAAGAGUAUGACAUAACAAUUAACGAGAAGAAGUGUGAGAUUGGGCGCAAAGAAGUUAUGUUCAUGGGGCAUCGAUUGAGCAGUGAUGGAAUCAGUCCGGCUGAAGAGAAGGUGGAUGCCAUUCGGCGAUGUCGUAACCCUGAAACGGUAGAAGAAUUGAGAAGCUUCCUGGGUCUUAUUAAUUAUCUUGGGAAAUUCAUACCGAAUUUGUCGACGUUAACUGCACCACUUAGAGAACUGUUACACAAAGAUGUUCGAUUCAAAUGGGAACGAAAGCACAUGGCUGCCUUCGAAGAGGUAAAGAAAGUACUAGUAGAUCCUAAAAACCUUGGAUACUACUCACCCUACGAUGAGACAAUACUUAUAGCAGAUGCCAGUCCGGUAGGGAUCGGAGCGGUGCUGUUGCAGGAGAAAGAUGGCAAAAAGAGGGCGAUUUGCUACGUGAGUAAAGGGUUAUCGACAGUCGAACGAGCGUACGCACAGAAUGAAAGAGAGGCGCUAGCGCUUGUUUGGGCAAUAGAACGACUGGAACCAUAUUUGCGAGGCUUAGAAUUCAAGUUGGUUACCGAUCAUGAGCCACUUAAGGUAAUGUUUGGCUCUCAACGAAAGCAGUGCCCGAGAAUUGAGCGCUGGGCAUUGCGGCUCCAGUCAUUCAGGUACAAAAUAGUUCAUGUAUCGGGAAAAGCUAAUAUCGCUGGAUCGUUAUCACGACAGCCGAGAUUCGAAGAGUGCUCCACUUACGAUCAAAAUGGAGAAUCAAUGUUGCUUACUGUUUUGGAAUCAGCUACACCAUCUGCCUUGCGUAUUGAAGAGAUCGUUGAAGCUACAGUGCAAGAUAGUGAGUUAGCCGCAGUCAAAGAGGCGUUGAAUACUGGUCGAUGGAUGGACAAACUGAAACAUUUUUUGUCGUUUCGAGAAGAGUUGAGUACAGUGAACGAAAUUGUUAUGAGGAACGAUCGGAUAGUAGCACCGAUUAAUCUUCGUAAACGAAUAAUGAAAUUGGCUCACAUCGGUCAUCCAGGAAUCGAGAGAACGAAGCAACGCAUCCGGAGCAAGGUUUGGUGGCCAAACGUUGACAGAGAAGUAGAGAAGACAGUGAAAUCGUGUCUGGAAUGCCAGUUGGUCAGCAAUUCAGUACGCCCUGAACCUUUGUGUGUUCGAGAGCUUCCGCAUCAACCGUGGCAGAUUCUCGCGAUGGACCUAUUAGGACCACUUCCAUCAGGUGAUUCCAUUUUAGUAGUGAUUGACCUUUACAGCCGUUACCGUAUUACCGAAAUUUUAAGGUCAACUAAAACCGAGGACAUCAUUGAAAGACUGGAUAAAGUGUUCAUGACAAUGGGACUACCUGUCGAAUUAGUCUCGGACAACGCACGGAACUUUGCAAGCAGGAAAAUGAAUGAAUUUUGUGCCACCUUUGGAAUUGAAUAUCGUCAUACUACUCCGUACUGGCCACAAAGUAACGGAGAAGUUGAGCGUCAAAACCGUUCCAUAUUGAAAACGCUGAAAAUAGCUGAGUUGAACGGGACUGACUGGAGGAAGGACUUGCAAGAGGCCAACUACGUUUAUUCGAUAUUGCGUCAUCCGGCAACGGGUUACUCACCAGCUGAACUGGUUUUCGGCAGAAAACUACGGGAUUGGAUUCCUGAUUUAGCGGCAAACAACAUUGAAGACAGCGGCAUACGUGAUCAUGACAAAAUAUAUAAGCAAUCGGCGAAAUCAUACUACGAUGCUAAAAACAAUGCACUACAUUCGGAUCUACAAAUUCAGGAUCGAGUUUUGAUGAGGAACUUGGUACCGCAGAAUAAACUAUCAUCGGCAUUCAUUCCCGAGUCAGCAGUAGUGGUGAACAAGCAGGGAAAUAGGGUAACAGUACAGAUGGAUGAUGGGCGCAGAUACCGUAGAAACUCUGCGCAUCUGAAGAAACUAGUCGAAAACCGGGAGGAUGAUACCAUUAAUCGAGAGAUUCCAAACGAGCCUAUCUGCAGCGACUGGGAUACACCAAAUUCUACAUUGACAGCAAACGGUAGUAAAUUGGUCACUGAAAACUGCAAGGGAACUAACGACGUAGGGAUUGGACGUCCAAAACGAGAAAUAAAACGACCAUUGCGAUUUGAGGACUUCGAGCUAGAAGCAUGA